AAAUGGAAAGUUUUAUUUUAAUUCUUAUACAUUUUUUUCUCCGAAAUCAAUGGAUUGCAGUCAACGCUGGUGAACCAAUGCUUGGAAUAGCGCCAUGUAUGUAUUCGGGCUCUUAUGAUAAAAAUGGAUACUUCUGUUCGAAUGAACCCAUGCCAAUAGAUUGGAUUCCAAUAGAGUGUACUUCAUUAGUUUAUGAUGCAGUAAAUUUUAAUGAAAGUUUAACUACUAAUUUUACUGAAUAUGAUGAAAACAACAUUAAACAAAUUUUAAAUGGUUUUAAUAUAACGGGUAUAAUACUAAAGAAUUUAAACUAUGGUUAUAGCAAUUUUAGUUCAGAUUUCCAUUUUGAUAAAUCUUUCAACAAUAAUUUAAAAAUAUUCAUAAAUCUACUGAAAAAAAAAUACAAUUUGAAUAUUGGAUUAUAUGUGAAUGCAAGCAACAUGAUAUAUUAUAGUGAUGAUCAAGAUUCUACAGAUUGGUUUGACUUUGUGGUAUUGAAUGAUGUUGUGGAUUAUUACAUAAUUGGCUUUGAUAAUUUUAAUCUGUGUAAUGAAUUCUUUAUAGGCGGAAUUGUUCCAAUGGAUAAUGUUUUUAAUUACAACCAUUCUUUGACAACAUUUGAAAAAGCUUUUAAUAGUUCGAAAAUUGCAAAGAACAAAAUUUAUCUAGAAUUCUUAGCGGUUCCUACACUUAAUAACUCAGCAACUGAACAUCUACCCACAUGCUGCGUGACAUACAAAAAAUAUUGUGAAUCUGACCACUACAAUACUCACUGGUGUGCUGACAAUGCAGCAUCAUUCUAUGCUAAAGGCAAAUUUGCUAAAGAUAUAAAAGCAAAAGGAAUCGUAGUAAAGUACAUCGAUACAAUCGACCCCACUGCAAAAUGUGACUGUGAUAAUAAAAAUAAGUUCAUAACGUUUAUGAUGAUGCUCCGUGGUUUUACUUAUUCAGAGCCUAUCACAGACUGUGCAAAGUUGAAUAGUAUUAGUGUUGAAUAAAUAGAAUUUCCAGUUGAACUAUAAAACAACAUCAAAAAUAAGUAUAUUGCUACCGUCAUGGCAAUACCUCGUAUCUCAAGUUUUUUCGAA